CGGACGCGUCAUGGCCGUCCUCGACCCCAUCCCUGUGCCCUCCGCUCCACGCACACGCCCCUCCUCCGCCGUUAUUCCUCCACCGGAAGACGCCUCGUUCAUCAUCAAAUCCACAGACAAGUCAUACAAGCACCAGUACUCCAACAUCUACUUCGUGCGCCUGCGUGCGCUCAGACAGCACGUCGAGCAGCGGGCAAAGGGGCGGUGGAACGAGGUCGCAGGUAACCCCGUCUUCGUGCCGCGCGUUCUAGACGUGGAGAAGGGUCAAUUAUGCUUCAUUAUUGGCACCGUCUACAUGGACAUGCCCCUCAAGCCGAACGUUCUCGAGGACGUCGCACGCGAUCGUUCAUUGCCAGCGCCGCCUCCGCGAGAGAAGUUCUACUCGGAUGAAGACAGCAUUAUGCUAGAAGACGAGUCCGGGCGCAUUUGCCUGGUGGGCGAUCGCAUCCGCUCGGCAUGCCUGGUUACUGGCGUUAUUCUUGGUGCGCUCGGGAUCGAGACGCACAACGGGGACUUCGAAGUGGUCGAUCUGUGCUACCCUGGGAUGGCCCCACAACCUUCGGCAGGUAUUGAAUGGCCUGCGCCAACGGUCAAGGGCGACGCUAUGGACGUAGAUGGGUCGGCAUCGACCUCCGCUUCAUCGGACGAAUGGAUAGCACUGGUCUCCGGUCUUGAGGUCGGCGCGACGAAUCCAUCGGACGGCCAGAUCCAGAUGCUGGCAGAGUACCUCGCCGCAGAGAUCAGCAGCUCCGAAGAGCAGUCCCAGGCUGCGCGCAUCUCCAGGCUUAUCAUCGCCGGCAACUCGCUCGGGGCACUUACCGGCCACACCGACGUUAUAAAUGGCGAGACCGAACGGAAAUCCAGGCGCUACGGGAACGAAGCAUCCUCGUUUACCCCGCACCCAACGCAAAAUCUCGCCGCACAUCUCACAGACGUCUGCCGCUCGAUACCGGUCCACCUUCUGCCAGGCCCCUCAGACCCUGCUGCGACGAUUCUCCCUCAGCAACCUCUCCCACGCGCUAUGUUUGGCGGGGCGUCGCACUACGCGACCUUCUUGUCGGAAUCCAAUCCGACCUAUAUCCAGCUCGCUCCGAACGACCCCUCCGCGCAGUCCUCGUCCCGUGCCUCCCAGCCAGGCGCAUCUAGCUCAAAACCCAAAACGAACGGCACCUCCGCAGCGAGUGAGGGGACCACCCGCCCGACGCGGACUAUCUUCGUGCACUCCGGGCAGCCGGUCGACGACAUGUUCAAGUACGUGCCGAGCCCGCCGAUCUCGCGCAUGACGCUCGUGGAGGCGACGCUGCGGUGGCGGCACAUGGCCCCGACCGCGCCGGACACGCUGUGGUGCCACCCGUACUUUGCGAAGGACCCGUUCGUGAUCACGCAGACCCCAGACGUGUAUGUGGUCGGGAACCAGCCGGCGUUCGCGACGAAGCUGGUGCGCGACGACGAGCAGGACGAGGACGAGAGCGGGGCGCGGGCGCAGAAGAGGUGUCGGAUCGUGCUGCUGCCGAGCUUCAAGGACUCGGGUACGUUGGUGCUGGUUAACAUGCGGACUUUGGCGGUAAGGAAGGUGCAGUUCGCGGUGGAGGGGAUGAACGGCGGUGGCGGGGAGACGUGACCGCUGCGCUACACAUCUUCUGCAGGGCGGUUGGUUUCCUCGGGGUAGGAGCACGUUAGCCUGUGUACGAAUAGGAAUAUUGUCAACACUAUAUUGCAUGCCUUUCAUCGAUUUGUCUUGUUCAGGCAAGCACUAUUUGGAUAAC